AGCUGCUGGAGCGAGGCUGCCAGGAUCGUUAGCAAGCGCAUAUACUCUUCUCGAACUUCCAGCUCUUGAUCCCUGGUGAAGUCUCUUCCCCAGGGUUUUCGCUGGGGUUUUCUCUUGUGUGUAUCUGCCUCUUCGUGUUCGCGGCACCGGGAGCUGCCUGGGUCCAGCUCCUCUCCCCUCUUCAGCAGUGUUGAGUGAAGAAUCCCAAUGUCACUGCAGUUACAGUGCACACUCCUUAAAGAGAAGGGUUUUUCAGUCUGCUAAAGGCAUAGUGGAUAUACUAGGAUGGACACAGAGGAAUUCCCUCCACCACCACCAGAAGUUCUAGAGCGUGAACCAAAAGCUGUGGGUACAAAUGCUGAAGAGGAGGAUGAGGGAGAGCAGUUUGACUUUGACAGUGGAGACGAUAUACCAGAAGCAGACAGGCAAGCCUUUGUGCCACCUUCGGCUGGUCCUGGAAAUAACAUAGAGCACCAAGAGGCUAAUGCCACAGGUGCUGGUAAUUUAGAAAGCAGUGAGAAGCUGCAAACAUCAGAACCUGUUGCAGAAGCCACUCCACCCAAAGUCAAUCCCUACUCGGUCAUAAAUAUUUCACCAGUACAAGACAAAGAGCCAUCCUCAUCGCCAGAACCCAGUCCUCAAGAAGAAUGUGCAAGUUCAAACUUCAGUGGGUAUUCGGUUCCUGUCCCUUGUGGCUAUGCUGUGCCAUCUAAUUUACCUUUGAUACUGCCAGCGUACUCCAGUCCUGUCAUAAUACGCAGUGUUUCUGUAGAAGAAGAAGGUACUCAGUCAGCAACUGAAGAGUGUCAUUAUAAUUCUGUAAACUUGGAGGAGCCUCAAAACAGCGAAGAUAACCAGGCUAAGAGAGAGGAUGAUGCACUGGCCAAGUGGGUUGCAGAUCCUGCAAAUACAGCAUGGAUGGAUAACCCAGAUGAAGUAAUUUACGAUGACGUGCCCAGAGAAAAUUCAGACUCUGAACCAGAGGAAAUGAUUUAUGAUGAUGUUGAAAACGGUGACGAUGGUGGAAACAGCUCACUGGAAUAUGGGUGGAGUUCAAGUGAGUUUGAAAGCUAUGAAGAGCAGAGUGAUUCCGAGUGUAAAAAUGGAAUUCCCAGCUCCUUUUUGCGAGGCAACCACAAGAGACAUCUUUCACAUGACCUAACACGUUUAAAGGAGCAUUAUGAGAAAAAGAUGAAAGAUUUGAUGGCAAACACUGUGGGAGCAGUAGAGAUUCAGCAACUAAAGCAAAAACAUGAGCUGAAGAUGCAAAAGCUUAUGAGAGCUGCUAGAGAAGGUACCAAAGAUGGGCUUGAGAAGACAAAAGCAGCUGUGAAAAAGGGUCGUUCUUUCAUUAGAACAAAAUCUUUCAUUUCUCAAGACCAUAGAUCAUCAUGUCUGGAAGAAGAGGAGCUAAAUUUAUUUAUUGACGUGGACUGUAUGCAUACAGAAGCAAUUAUGACUCCUAUGCCUGAAGGAUUAUCACAACAGCAGGUUGUGAGAAGGUAUAUUUUGGGCUCUGUAGUUGACAGUGAGAAAAAUUAUGUGGAUGCUCUCAAAAGAAUCCUGGAGCAAUAUGAGAAGCCCCUUUCAGAUAUGGAGCCAAAAUUACUGAGUGAAAGAAAACUCAAAAUGGUCUUUUAUCGUAUUAAGGAAAUUCUUCAAUGCCAUUCCAUGUUUCAGAUUGCGCUGGCGAGUCGUGUAUCUGAGUGGGACUCUGUGGAACUGAUUGGUGAUGUCUUUGUUGCUUCAUUUUCUAAAUCUAUGGUAUUGGAUGCAUACAGUGAAUAUGUAAACAACUUCAGUACAGCGGUAGGGAUUCUCAAGAAAACAUGUGCCACCAAACCUGCCUUUUUAGACUUUUUAAAGCAGUGCCAGGAGUCAAGCCCAGAUCGAAUUACACUGUAUGGUUUAAUGAUGAAACCUAUCCAGCGCUUUCCACAGUUCAUUCUACUAUUGCAGGAUAUGUUGAAAAACACUAAUAAAGGACAUCCUGACAGAUUACCACUACAGAUGGCUCUUACAGAACUAGAAACACUGGCAGAGAAGUUAAAUGAAAGGAAAAGGGAUGCAGAUCAGCGCUGUGAAAUAAAACAAAUAGCAAAAGCAAUGAAUGAACGUUAUCUGAACAAGCUACUCAGCAGUGGAAACAGAUACCUCAUCCGGACUGAUGAUAUGGUUGAGACGGUUUACAAUGACAAAGGGGAAAUUAUCAAAACCAAAGAACGACGGCUUUUCAUGUUAAAUGAUGUGCUGAUGUGUGCAACAGUAAAUAUUCGCUCUUCCUAUGAAAGCAGUGGCACCGUGACAACUGGCCAGAGGUACUUAUUGAAGUGGAGUGUACCACUGGGACAAGUGGAAGUCAUAGAGUAUGGCAGCAGUGAGGGCCAAGGAGACAACUGCAGGUUUCCACCCCAGCACUCUGCUGAGAAUGUCAUCAUUAACUCAAAGCCAAACAAGCUCUAUAUGGGACCAGGGCAACUGUACCAUGAUCUGCAGAACCUUUUACAUGACUUGACCGUAAUUGGUCAAAUUAGUCAAUUAAUAGGCAGCCUUAAAGGAAACUAUCAGAAUUUAAACCAAUCUGUAGCCCAUGACUGGACCUCAGGUUUACAAAAACUGAUUUUGAAAAAAGAAGAUGAAAUCAGAGCGGCAGAUCGCUGUAGAAUUCAGCUGCAACUCCCAGGAAAACAAGACAAGUCUGGGCGGCCCACUUUCUUUACAGCUGUGUUCAAUACAUUUACCCCUGCCAUCAAACAGUCCUGGAUCAGCAACUUACAAAUGGCUAAACUGGCCCUUGCUGAGGAUAACCUGUUAGGUUGGUUCUGUGUAGAAGAUGAUGGAAAUCAAAUCAAAAAGGAGAAACAUCCUCUUCUUGUUAGACACAUGCCAGUGAUGAUGGCCAAGCAACAGGAGUUUAAGAUUGAAUGUGCUGCUUAUAACCCUGAACUAUACCUCUCUGGAGAAACGGAGUCAGACUCCUGUGCCAUGGAACAUGGUUUUCUUUGGAUUGGCAGUUGUACUAAUCAAAUGGGCCAGAUUGCAAUAGUCUCAUUUCAAAACUCCAGCCCCAAGGUUAUUGAGUGCUUCAAUGUGGAAUCACGGAUUCUCUGCAUGGUCUACAUACCAGAGGAGGAGAAACUGAAAGAGCAAAAUAAGGCUCUAGACUUGGAAAAUGUUCUUGCAAAAACUGCUAAUGUGCCUACUAUUUGCCUUGGCAUGGAAGAAGGAAGUAUUUCUAUUUACAAAAGUUGCCAAGGCUCAAAGAAAAUUCGACUCCAGCACUUCUUCACUCCUGAGAAGUCAACUGUUAUGAGCUUAACAUAUAUGUCUCAAUACUUGUUUGCUGGCUUGGUAAAUGGAAACAUUUCAAUCUACACAAAAGCAGAAGAUGGGACUUGGAACGCGGAACCUCAGAAGAUAGUUAAACUGGGGGUUCUACCUGUUAGAAGUCUGCUUGUGAUGGAGGAGACCAUUUGGGCUGCAUGUGGUGGGCAAAUUUUUAUAAUCAGCACUGUGACACAUUCCAUAGAGAGCCAUUUUGAAGCCCAUCAAGAGGAAGGGAUGGUCAUCUCCCACAUGGCUGUUGCUGGAGUGGGAAUCUGGAUUGCCUUCACAUCUGGAUCUACGCUUCGCCUGUUCCACACUGAGACACUGAAACACCUCCAAGAUAUUAACAUUGCCACACCUGUUCACAAUAUGUUAACAGGGCAGCAACGUAUUUCUGUGACCAGCCUCCUGGUGUGCCAUGGCUUAUUGAUGGUUGGAACAAACCUGGGUAUAAUAGUAGCGUUACCAGUGCCACGCUUGCAGGGGAUUCCCAAAGUAACUGGAAGAGGAAUAGUGUCGUAUCAUGCACACAAUGGUCCAGUCAAGUUUCUUGUAACGGCUGCAUCUCUAAACAAGAAGAACAGAAACAAAUCGCGGAACAGCCUGCCUUCUGGCUCCGAACCUAAAGAGGAUGACCAAAAGAACGUUCUGCACAAUGAAAGACUAGGUUCUUCCCUUAGUAAUGCCCAUGACACGGCAAUUUGGCUGGGGGGUUCAGUAGGAUCCAUUGCACAAAAAAGUGACUUGUCAUCAUCUUCUGGAUCCCUUACGAUGUCUCAUGGAUCAAGUUCCCUAGAACACAGGCCAGAAGACAGUAACAUUUAUGAGCUUUUGAAAGAUCAAAAUAUCUCAUUUAAAAGUAAAAGACAGAGAUCCAAAAAAAUGAAAGCAAGUUCAGUAUUAGUCAUUUCUGGUGGCCAAGGACACAGAAGAGUGAACAAGAAGACCAAGCAGCAGCGACAAGAUGAACUAGUGUCUUCAGUGAUGGUCUGGCAAGUCCCACUAUUAAAUAUCUAAUUGAACUAAAUCCAAGACACCUUCUGCUGUUAAAAAAAAUCUGAUAUCCUUUUACAGCAGAUGCCAGCUUAGGACCCAAAUGGAUAGACUUUAUGCACCUGGAAGCAAUUUCAGCAGGCUGUGAUCACAGGAUUAAGAGUUGCAAGAUAGUCUUUACAUACUUAGAAUAUUCUGCAGUAUUAAGGUAUCGGAAAAUGUUCAGCAAUUGAUGCUGUCCUUGAUACUCAGAACAAAAAGGAUCUGUUAGACACUUUUAAAUGGUUUUAGAAUCUGUACCUUAUUUAUAUUCACAUUUAUAAAUAUCAUAAUUAUGUUCUAUAGCACUUAGAGAAGGCAAGGAACACAUGCCAUGUCUCAUGCAGGUUUUUGCCGAUGUAAAUCAGCUGUUGUUUCAUUUUCCAAUUUGGCAUAUUGCAUGGACUGUAGAUUUUAACAAAUUAGCAAAUAUUUUUAAACAAUAAAUAGUCUAAUGCAAGCUAAUAAUAAUUUGGUAAUUACUAGAAUAGUUUGUAACAUUGUAUCAAAAGCAGAGUUUGGUCUGGACAAAAGCAGUUAUAUUAAUUGAUUGGUAUUUGUUUAUUUCAACAUAGAAAAUAGAUUUUAAUUAUUAUUAAUAUUUCUAAUGCUCAGUAUUAUUAAAAAUGUUGCAGUACAAAAUGCAAAUGCAUGUUCUUGGUAGGUGCAAUGUAUCUGUGACUCACCUUCAUUACACAGAGAAAGUUCAAAAGAUGCUAUGGCUUACAGAAAACAGAAAAUACAGGUACAGGGCCACUGUGCAUUGUAGUGCUGUUAACACAUUCUCCCCGGCAACUCAGUACCAAAGCUAGACAUGGACUAUGCCAUUUUUAAGGCAGAUGCACAUCCAGUAAAUUAAUAAUGAAAUUGUUAACUGGGGAGAAAGAUACUAAUAUUGGAAUAUCUAUAGGAAGUACAGGGUAAUUACUGUGGGUGUAGGCCCUACAUCAAUUGAUUUGUGCUGUGUCCUCAGGCAAACGCCAGUCAAAUAAUGUCACAGCACAACAGCAGAGAUAUGGUCAUAUCUUAGUGGUGGUCACCUCUUUCCAGACAGAGUUUCAGCAAAAUGUGGUCAUGUAAAUAGAUAUUGUGAAAAUAGCAUGCACAGCUUCAUUCACUCAGCUGAGGAAGCAGUUGCUUUGGUAGUGUUAGAGGGCUGAGUUCUAAAAAGAGACCUAAUUGUCAUUUCUUAAUGAAUCGAUGUAUUUCCAAAAGAAACUCUGAAUUUGGGAUUCCUACAGAAAUUGCUUUUUGCGCUACUGACUGCACAUGUGAAAUACAAGACAAAGCUUUCAGCUCACAAAGAUGUUGUGAUGAGACACAUCCUGCAGUCAAAAUAUGUUUAAUACAGAUAACAUGUUGAAUUGAGUCACUGGAAACAUACUUUUCCCUCAUCAAUAGACUGAAAAAUGCAGAGAAAUGAGGAUGAUUAAGUUUCCGCUGAAUAUGUGAAGAACUCUAAUACUGCCCAACAGUAAAAUGCAAAUUAAAUAUAUCUGAAGCAGAACAUUUGUCAGAUAUAUGUAAUGAGUGGAAUCAAGUAAAACUUCUGGGUGCUUUGCUACCGUAAUUAUUCCAUAUCCCGUUAAGGAAAGUUACUUGGUACCACUGAAAUUAUUUCUGCUACUUCUAGAACAAGCUCCUUGGUUCCACCAUGUUUUGUUUCAAUCUGCCUAGUUUAAAUCAACAUCAAACAUAAUUAGAGUGCUUCCCAGCAUGAGACAGUUCAGGGUAAACAGUACUAGAGACUGAAUUAUUUUGUUUGAUAUGAGAAAAAGUUUUGGUUGGGUUGGGGGUUUUUUGAGGGGGGUUUGGUUUUUUUUUUUUGUGUUUUUUUUUUAUAGUGUUUUUUACUAUUAAGUGUUGCUGAAAUUUAUUUUCUUUAUUUUGCAGCAGAUUUGUGUAUAUCUUAAAUUUUCAGUCUGUUUGCUCUAAUAAGCAAACUUCUACCAAGGUGACCCCAAAAUCACUGGCUGGGCUGAUUUAGUAAGUUUGACAGAACACCAGAGUAAGGUCAGGUCUUCCUGCCAUCUGCCAACUAGUACAUGGGACAGAGGGAAUGCCAGCACAAUCAGUCUUUGCCUUCUAGGUGGCACCAAGACAGGCAUUUCAAAUAUCAGAUCAGCACCCUGGUUUCAUCUUAGAGGUUUUACCCACACCCUACAUUCCUAUGAGAACAGGUUUCUUGAGCCAUAAUAGCACAAAUUUCAAUGAGUCAUGAAGGACACUUGUUACAGAUGGGAUUGUAGGCUUAGGGUCUUCAUUAUUGUUUUGUGCUUUUAUUCUGUGUCUUUUGCUGUGUAUCUUGCGACUUCAGUUGGGUAUUGUCAGUGUUAGCAUGGGCUUAGGAUUGGCAUGAGUCCUGGUGCAAGAAAAAAAAAUAAAUAGGGCAGAGUGCCUCUAAGCCAGGCAGCUGGCAACAUUUCCCCAAACUUUUCCUCUUCUCCCUGGCUUACUGCCUGGGCUUGCCCAGUUUGAGGGAUUAAGGCCAGUUGCAUUUUUUACGCUCUUCCAUAGCUAUGGCCCUGGGAGCUGCUCUUUGCCCACCGUGUGGAAGUACUACCUUGUACAGUUUAAUGUAUGUAUAUUGAAAAACAAGUUAAAAGAUUCUUCUGUGUAUAAAGCAUAUAUAACCUAGUAUCCCUUUGCUACACUGCAGUAAAAAGACCAUAGUUUUUUUUCUGUAUGCUUCUUGGACGUGGGAUUCCACAUCUGUGCCUUUGGGACUACUCUUGCGGAUCUUUAGGAGCAAUAAGCAGAGUCCACCAUACAUUCAACUGGAAAUACAUACAUGGCAUUAUUACAGGAUCUGCUAGGAGUAACACAUGAGAGUUUUAACGUGAAAUUCAUCCUAUCUACUGGCUGAAAUGUAAAUUUCUUCAGUUUUAUCAAUAACAGUAGAAACAAAGUAUAAAUCUGCUCCUCUGUUGCCAGUAUGACUUCAGUAAGAGCAGAACUGGGUCCCCCAUUUACAUUAUGCCAUUUUGAAAAUAUGUAUCUACUUAUCUUACCUGUGAAGCAAAACAGAAGCUGUAUGUCUUUAUAAAUAUACAUUGACAUGAACUAGAUUUUUAGUAACUAACUGAGCACAAGGUGCAAUGUUUAUUUUCUAAUACUUAGCUAACUGGUGUUACCUUAUUAUGGAAACAGGCAGGAACCAAAGUUUCUCUUACAGCUGGCGAAUAGUCCUUAUAGCUGUUGUAGACUGUGCUGCUAAAUAGGUUGGAUUUUGCUUUCCGAUACUGCUUUUCUAGAUAAAUAGAAGUUAUAGAAAAUACUAGGAAAAGAGGGGAGCAAGUGUAACCACUAUGGUAUCUAUAUAUGUUUUCUAACACAUAAUAAUGUCUUUUAUAACAUCAGCCAUACAACUUGUGUAUUUAUGUUCAAAGUAUAAACUGAGAGAAAUGUUUAAUAAAAGAUGUGAUAAAAAUUAA